AGACCUCCACUCAGGUCACUGGGAACAUUAGCAAUCACACUCAGCCAUCAGGAGUGGACGCGAUAGAAAGCUCAUGUUGGUUGCAGUAAAUUAACACGCUCACCAGAAGCCCAAUUAUUAUUUCUUACGGUUGGCGAGCAGAAAAGAGAACAGCAAAAGUGCUAAAGAGCGUGAGUUUGUGCAGUGAGAAAGUGGUGAAUCUCAAGUUCUUGGCCAAACGGUGGCCACUAGCGAGUCCCAAGAGACCCUGAAGACAGAGAGAAUCAAAAAGACUCCUUCGAGAAAUCAAAGAUGGGCUGUGCAAAUUCCUCACCACUCGCCAAUGGGGCGGAGAACAUCAUGGGCACGGCCAAGAGUGCUGCCCAAGAUAUGAAACACACCGGCGAAGAAGUGCUAAACGAUGUAAACAGCACGAUAUCGGGAACAGUGGAGUACGUUAAGGACACAGUCGUUGGCACCGUCCAGGGAAUGGGCCAGGAGCUGGAGAGUGCCUUCAAGGGUGGCAAGGAGGAGAAGGCAGACGACCUGCUGGUGGAGGAUCUCACGGAGAGCAAAUACAUCCCGCUCAAGGAGCCGAACGGCCUGAUGGAGAACCUCGAGGAGCGGAAGACGGAGAUGCUGAAGCGAGUGCAGAGCUUAUCGGACGAGGCGGACAAGAUGGCUGAUGAGCUUAUCAAGGAAACGGAAGAUGUGAUGGUGGAUGGGGUUGAGGAGGCGGCGACGAAAGUACAAAAUGGUCUCGAGGGUGCUAAAGAGGCGUUGGAGGGCAUUGUUAAGGACGAUGAGGCGGACAAGACACCUGUUCACUCAAUCGACAGCCUAAAGACCGGCACUCCAGAGCCCGAACUCGAGAGGAUACUCGAGGCCAAUGAAGACACCAAGUCACCCUCCCCGAAGCCCACCCUCAUGCAACUCGAGGACUUGGAAGCGGAUCCAGCGGCGCCAUCCGAGACAAAGAUACCAGAGUGAGUAAGGGAUUUCUCUCACAACCACCCACACCACGGCAAUUCACUGCAGAUCCCCGAACACCCCUUCAGCGAACAAUAGAAAGCAUAUCGAUUUGUAAAGAAGAACCUAUCGAAUACAUUCUCUCCAAACUGUUAUACUUUUCAUAGUCUCUUCAAUCGCCACCCUUCCAUGGCUUCUUCUCACUCACCCACCAAAGUUAAACAUUGCCCACCUCCGGAGCGCAAGAGAGGAUUCCUCAUUUUGUGGUACUUUUCCUUUGCUCAGAGACACCACCACACACUUAAUCGAUUACAGUCACCACUUCCAUCAGCAUUUCAAGUUCACCCACACCGUCGACAAUCAAACACACGAAACACAGUACAAAUUAAUUCGAUAUUCCAUCAUAAUUUCUAUUCAGAGCCGCCAGGGUGAUUCACUCCUGGCCAGUUCACGCCAUCCGAAGCUCUCGGACAAGGAGCCAGAGAGUGAGGGUGGUAUCGUGAUCUCAUUCGUCACAGGGAGACUCUUUCGCUCGUUUUUCUCUCUCUCAAGUGUGCAUGAGGUGAAAUAAUUAGAAAUUUAUGGCUUUUUCUUACUUUCUCAAAAGCCACUCUCCUUUUUGGGGUGCUUGACCGCAUUUGCUUUCGAAGAAACUUUAUCUCACAGGCAUUAAACCGUAUAGACACAACGAGGGGUGGCGGACAAGUGUAAAAUUUGGUAAAACUCUGAUGGGUAAAUGAAUUUGCAAUCAAACAUGUGCAGUAAAUUCUGCUUGCACAAGAGGGAUAUUAAUUGGAAAAUUUGCAAGAGCACAACUUUAAUUAAGUAGAACGAAAGAGCUUUCAAAAUUCCCACUUCUCUGUGUUAUAAGUGAAUUUGGAAAAUUAGAUUUUCUCAAUUUCUCUACACGAGAGAAAUAUAGUGAUUGUGUGUUCUUUACCCCUUAAUUUUGCACUCGAAAUAGGAGUUUCUCCGAUAAGAGUACUUUGACUUUCACCUUCGUCUCACAUUUGGAGACGGAAAAUCGAUUUUCACCUCCGCAGCGAAGAAAAAAGAACCGGAAGUGAGAACUAGAAGUGUUUGGUCAUAAAAAUUCACUGUUCUUUUUUUCCAACACACACAAUUUCCAUCCACUUCUUGGGGCCACGAAAAUGUUGUAUAUUCAAAUCACUCGCUGGCAGUCUUGGGAGGCAAAAGAAAAGCUCUGUGAGCUGAAGAGGAAUGGCAAGUGGAAUGCGAAGAAUAUGGAUGGAUGGAAUGAUCAUUAAUUUGUAUGCCAUUGAGUUUAACGAUUUGUGGCACUUUUCGGUUUAUCACACACUUUUUCACUGGACUUUAUUCGCCCUUUUAUCACACUCGGCAAAAUAAAUACACACACGCCACAAUGAAAUCCACCCCAAAUGAAUGGAAUGUUGUUACUCUACUUUUGAACAGUGAUGAACACUAAAACAAGCCUAAAUAAAACAUCCUCCAGGCGCUCUUCGACUCAUACACAAGACACAAAACAAAUUAUUGGCAACAUGAGUGAAAAGCUCGCAAACUCACCCACAAAAGCUUCACACUGGCUUGAUGGCGAUGGGCAAUGCAAGGUGGACAAGGAGCCACAGUUGACUCCUUGGGAGCGAUUGGCCGAUGCUAUCCUCAGGAAGCCCUUUCCGCUCACGCAUUCAUCCAAGUCCGCAAGCAUCGAAAGUCUCACCACGGACACCAUUGAGAUUUAACACACCCACCGCAGGGCGUGCAUUAUUGCUUCACCAAAAAAUGUCCUUCCUCUUCCAUUGACAAAAGUCCCCCCAGACUUGCGAUGCAUUUUCCCACUGCAGAACUUUCUCCUCUAUUCCCUCCAAUGAAAAGAAAAAUGCUAACCAUAACAUGAUGAGAGACACAGAGAAGAGUAGACAAAAUGUACAACAGGAGAGAUGCAUUAUUGUAAAGUUUUUUUUCCUUUUUAUCACCCAAAAAUGGUUAAGUGAAUGUGUUAAGGUAGAUUUUAUAAACUUAUUAUUGUGUACAUUGUAUUCAUAGAUAAUUGCAAAACACUCUAAAAGAAUAAUAAAGUGAACAUCCAAAGAAGAGAAGAAAAUUCAGUUUUUCCCGCAUCUUUAUUCUUCCAUAGCAAUUAAGCUUGCGAUGUCUUGUAAGCAGAAAAAUACUAGGAAUAUUUCUAUCAGAAAAAAAGGUUUAUCUCAUUAAAAAUAUUCCAUGUUUUUUAUCAAGGAGAGUCUUGCCAAUUAAAUUUCAAGGGAAAAAAAUGCAAUACUGUGAUUCCACAUGCUAUUUCGUCCUUAAUUAUGGCACGCCGUGCAAAAGGUAAGUUCAUUAAGUGCAAACCAUUAAUUCAGAAAGUGUUUCCUGCAAAAAUAAAGGGCUUCUGUGCAGCC